AAAUGCCUCAGCAUGAGAAGUGACAACCAGAGCUUUUGGGGGGACCCUCCUGAGGACUUUGUCCUUCUGGGUGUUUCUGACAAGCCAUGGCUGCAACUCCCUCUCUUUGUAGUCCUCCUGGUGUCCUAUGUUCUGGCCAUGUUGGGGAACAUUUCCAUCAUCCUGGUGUCCCGGCUGGAUCCCCAGCUCCACAGCCCCAUGUACAUCUUCCUCGGCCACCUCUCCUUCCUGGACCUCUGCUACACCACCACCACCGUCCCUCAGAUGCUGGUCAACAUGGGCAGCUCCAGGAAGAGCAUCAGCUACAAUGGCUGCACAGUACAGUACAUGGUUUUCCACUGGUUGGGGUGCACUGAGUGCAUUGUCUUGGCAGCCAUGGCCCUGGACCGCUACGUGGCCAUCUGUGAGCCCCUCCAGUAUGCCAUUAUCAUGCACCGCCCUCUCUGCCAGCAGCUCGUGGCUGUGGCCUGGCUCAGCGGCUUUGGCAACUCCCUCGUUCAGGUAGUCCUGACAGUGCAGUUGCCUUUCUGUGGGCAACAGGUGUUGAACAACUUCUUCUGUGAGGUGCCAGCCAUGAUCAAGCUAUCCUGUGCUGACACAGCUGUGAAUGACACCACACUGGCCGUGCUGGUGGCCUUCUUUGUGCUGGUCCCCCUGGCUCUCAUCCUUCUCUCCUACGGCUUCAUUGCCCGGGCGGUGCUCAGGAUCAAGUCCUCCAGGGGACGCCGCAAG